GAAGCUUGCAGUCAUAGCAUGAUGAAGUUGGCAGUAGUCGUCCUCUUGGGUCUGGUGGCCGUGGUCGUCGCUCGCCCGGACACUAUCCUGGACCUAGAAGACAUCCACCACGACCUGGAUAUUGCUGAUGAUACCUCCGUCAGCGGCACCUACAGCUGGACCUCUCCUGAAGGCCAGGAGUUCUUCGUCAAGUAUGUGGCUGACGAAGAUGGAUACCGCAUCGUCGAGUCCAACGCUGUCCCCGCCACUGCUGAGGGCCAGAAGGCCGAUGGUGCUCAGGGAUCCUUUGUUUCUCUGGAAGAUCUUGACUUCGACAAGAAAUAGACAUUGAGAACUUCGACGAGAGAGAAAAGAAGGCGCCCAGGGACUCUUCUUUUCUCUGGAAGACCUCGAAGACUUCGAUAAGAAAUGGACCUUGGAGGUCUACAAGAAUGAAACGAAAGGAUCCAGGGCUUCUUCGUUCUUCUGGAAGACUUCAAGGACUUCGAUAAGAAAUAGACCUUGAGGUCUUCAUCAAGAAUGAAACGAAGGUUCCCAGGGAGUCUUUGUUUCUUUGGAAGACCCUUCUAAAAGACUCAGGCCUUGAGAACUUCGACAAGAAAGAAAAGAAGGUGCCCAGGGAGCCUUCGCAUAUCUUGACGACCUUGACAACGUCGAACUCGACAACAUCGAACUCGACAACUUCGUACCCGACAACUUCAACAAGAAAUAAACGACAGUGGUAUCCCUCGUCACUGGCGUCUUCUAUAGAAAUCAUCCGACCUCUUCCAGCGUCUAAGAGACGCCUUCUGAUACUUUCUAAUGUCUUUUAGCGUCUACUAGACGUCUUCUAGUCGUUUUCUAGUGCCUUCUAAACACCACCAGAUACUGAUGGAUAAUAGUUUCUGUCUCAGUUACCCUUCAUUCAUCUAUCUAUCUUUCUCUGACCUUGGUCUCAGCCUACCUUAGUCUCAGCCUACCUUAGUCUCAGCCUACCUUAGUCUCAGCCUACCUUAGUCUCAGCCUACCUACUUAUAUCAGUAUACUGAUACCUAUUUUGCUCUCUACAUUUGUAUUCUCCUUUCACUGCCAAGGCCCAAUUGGCCCCUGUAACAGUCAUGGCCAACUGGCCCCUGUACCAUUCAUGACCAGCUGGCCCCUGUACCAUUCAAGGCCAGCUGGUCCCUGUAACAGUCAUAAUCAACUGGCCCCUGAAUAUUCAUGGCUAGCUGAACCCUGUACCAUUUAUGGCCAGCUGGCCCCUGUAACAUUCAUGGCCAGCUGGCCCCCGUAGCAUUCUCCACAUCAAAUCACAAUAUUUCGACCCAUUUUUAUUUUUUCUUAUUUAUUUUAACUAAAUAAAAAGAUUCUGAACGAUACAAAGAGGAAUA